AUGUCGUACCACCCUGGACGUGCCUCCCCCUUACCACCAGAGAAUGCCUCAGGGGAACAACAACUCCCUCCAAACCAACGAUCACCUUCUUCCAAGCCAAAACCUUCACGCAAGGAACAGAAAAGGCUUAGUCGCGCCGUCCAGCUCUUGCUUAGCACCCCGCAGUCUGCAAGGGGUGCGGGCACCACCGUCAGCGGGGCAGUCCAACCUUCACGAGAUCGUGGGAGUCGCAGCCCAGUCGAACCUCUCGUUUCAUCUCCACUUCGCAUCAGUUCUAUCGUGAUGGCAUCCGCUCCAAGCUCCCCCGAGAGGCACAGGGCCGACCCUGACGAUCUGCCGCGCAGAUUAUCCGACCAAUUUACCAGAGAUAUAGACCAGCCCCCGAGAGUUGAUGCAGGACAAAUUGAGGACUCGAGACCGGCGACUGCACCAACGACCCCAGAGCACGGGGUGUCCAAGAAACAUAAAUUACAAGGACGGAGUGCGAUGGCCGCAAUGAUGUCGGGCUUGGAGUCACGGUUGUUCCCCAAGAGUUUCACUCGUGGAAGAGAUUCAAGCCGGGGAUCAAGUCGACGUGGCUCUUCUGUGGACUCUCCCUCCCCCUCGGCGGGCUCGAGAUUUAGUAGAUCUCUUUCCCCAGGUACCCGAGUCUCACAGCUUGGGCAGCCCGAGGUGCCCGCUGAGCGAAAGCCGACGGAGGCCAAUUACGAUUCAGGGCACAGCAAAUCAGAGGAGGUUUUAUCUAAACUAUCCGGCAGUCCUAGUCUUCCCGACUACGUCAAGCCGACAGAUGAAGAGCCAGGCGAGCGACUUGCAAAGGAUGUGUUUGACAGUGACAAAAAUCUCAUUGAAAGCAGUGAUGAUGACGAUGAUGCCUCGAGUGAUGAUGAGGAUAUUGAUAUUCCCGGGGCCCAGGUCGUUCACUCGCGGGGUCGUAAGAAAAGACCUGCAGGUAUCAGCUCCAUCAGUCCAAGCGACUUCAAACCCAAAGAGGACAAGCCCCAAGACAAAGAAGAACAAAACUACACUUCCAAACCCGGCGAUACCAGGGAAAAGAAGCCAAGGAAGUCGGCAUUGAAGGCCGUGAUUCAUCCGCAAACAAGCUUCGACAUCCCGACUCCGGCUACUCAAUCAGUGGCUGGUACACCCUAUGGAUCGGAGGAUGAGGCAGAGCGACAUGAUAUUCACCGUGCCCAGCAACUCGGUAUUUCGAUGUCCGCCAUUGACAAUCGUGUCCCCAAUCGAUCCAUUCGCACGAUAAUCCGAGGUGACUUUGCGAGUCUUCAAGAAGAGGCCGAUGGCGGACGCCGUCGCCAACGCAAGUAUCUAAUUGCUACGGACUUGAGUGAAGAAUCGGUCUACGCUCUGGAGUGGACUAUCGGAGCCGUGUUGAGAGACGGGGAUACCGUGUAUGCAUUAUACGCGGUACAUGAAGACGCCAAUCUCUCCUCUGUGCAGGUUGGUGAGGGGGCCAAGGCCAUGCAAGAUGCUGCUGCCGUCGUGGGUAGUCAGACGAAGGAAGCUACUCUAAACUCUGGCCGCUAUAUUCUGGGACGGCUAGGUCCAGGGGGCACUAGCAAAUCGAGCUCUGUGGAUGCUCGUGCUUCAUCCCUCGCAGAAGCAGAGCGAGUCAAAGCGGUCGAAAUAGUGUCUAAUACUUGUGUCAAGUUUCUGCGGAAGACGCUUUUGCAAGUUCGCAUCGCAGUGGAGGUUAUUCACUGCAAGAGCCCAAAGCUUAUGAUUACCGAGGCUAUUGACGAGCUUGAGCCCACUCUUGUAAUUGUCGGCGCCCGCGGCCAGAGCGCCCUGAAGGGUGUACUCCUCGGUUCAUUCUCCAACUAUUUACUGUCUAACUCAUCGUCUCCUGUGAUGGUUGCCCGUCGCAAGCUCAAAAGGCAUCCUUCAAAAGGCAGGCUUAGCAAAGACCUGCGCCUGACCAAUAAUCUCAAACCUCCAAAGAGCCUCACGCAAGCGACGGUGGAUUGA